CGAUCUUACCUCUUCUCUUUUAUUUUCUUUCCUUCAUCUCUUUCUGCCAUUUAACCACGAAAACCUGCACAAUGAAUCCAUCCUCAGGUACCCAUAAAAGAUCACCAUUGAAUUUUUUUUUUAUCAAGUGAAUGAAAAAGGCCUCGGCUCAUCGACAGAUAUCUUUUGAAAUAAAGAUAUAUCCUCCAUGCUCCUCAGGCACCUUUCAUUAGAAAGCUGGAUUCCCCUGUUUCAAAAACACAAAUUGGAUCUCACGGAUUUCCUGGCCAUGACCGACCCCGCCGAUUUUGAAAACAUCGGUGUCAAAGAACCCCACGUUUGUCGAAGAUUAUCUCUUUGUGCGCGAUCCAUGCAAGCCCGUGUCCACCAUCAUCGCCAAUAUACCGCCCAAAAAUCAAAAUCACUGCCACCAUCCACCAGCACGUUGAAGUCUUACCACGAUCCAUUUCCUCCCCAUUCUGCUCUUCCCAACACGGAAGUCGUUCGGAUAGACGAUGAGUUGUUCACGCAUGCGGAAGAUGAGGAUGAAGCUUGUAUUCUACGCGCUGUGAAUGCGCUGGAUUCAUACCUAUUGUCGCUGCGUCAGACGUCAUCAUGUGAUCCAACGACACCUCUGACUUGUCUGUCACCGCCGUCGUAUAUUUCGUCCAUGUAUCAGACAUGUGAUCGUGUUUCUCUUCCCGAUACAAUGUCGACGCCGACGCCGUUACUGUCACGAUCGCAGCAUGUCAAAACACAACGACCCACUUCACUUCCCGCGUAUCUGGAAUACCCAACAUCGGAUCCUGGUGAUGAUAUCAUAUCCCCUCCUGAGUAUCCGGAAUUAGAAAGAUGCAAUUCACUCAUGCAGACGUGCGAACAAGUCAAUAGCGAAGAAAAACUACCGGCCUAUGAGUGCACGGUAUACAAAAUGGGCCAUGUCAGUAUCAAGCGUGAAAUGGAUGCACCCGGUGUGCAAAGCCGUUGGCGGUACUGGCGUGGAUUGUACGUUGCACUAUGGGGCACAGUGCUCCGUAUCUACAAAACCGAGCCCAGCGAGGCCCAUUGCAAAUAUCGAUAUCAUCCAAGGAUUCCUUUUCUUAGUAAAGUGCGACAAGAAAAUGCGCCACUCAUGACACUGUCUUUGGCAGGUGCCGACGCAAGAAAAGCUUUGGAUUAUAACCGAAGACCACACACAUUACGUCUGACCACCGCCAACGGACCCCAGCUGUUACUUCACCUCCACUCCUACAUUGAAAUGAUUUCAUGGAUCGAACAUUUGCAAGCAGCCAUCAACAUUUCUUCCGAUUUGGAACAUCGGCCCAUGCCACGCUUCAUGACAUUGCUCUUGCCAGGUCAUUCGGAUCCUUUGGUAGCCCAACAAAUGCUCAUGUUUGAAUACCUCCGUGAACAACGCUUACGCCAACAAGAGGAAACACUCAUUUAAACUGUUAUACUAUGUAUUCUUUAUUUUUUGUACAUAACUAUGCCAUGCUAUUAUACCUACUAUAAGAACUAUCGUUAAUGAAGGAAACGCUAUUAAAUUGUAUAUUACCUUUUUUUAUAUAUAAACGGAUGAUCCUUAUC